GAAGUUACGGGGGUGCGAAAAACACUUGUUUUUCAAGGUUUUUAGUUGAUAUUGUGCCAGCUGAACUGCUGUAAGUAAUUAAUUAGGCCAUUUAGAGAUAGUUUUCAGCGGAAAAACUUCGUGAUCGCGAGGAAGAAGGCCUGUGGAAGUGAAAUAUCAAACUUUCUAAAAAUCAACUUUUUUUAAAUUUUUCGCAAACUGAAACUCGCGUCCCCCCUUAAACCUUUCUUCAUGAUAGCGCUCCCUCGUGUGGCUUCCUCGGGGCAAAUACAACUCGGCCUGAUUGAUUGAUCAUGACAGGCGACCCCCAUAACUGGCGCCCAACGUGGGCGCCAGUUAUGUGUUUGGAUUGUAGCAGAGGGUUUUUGCAGAUCCAGGUAGCACCACACGAUAUCCAGAAGACGGCGUUCACCUGUCACAGGGGUCUGUUUGAGUUUAUCCGCCUUCCGUUCGGAUUGUCCAACUCUCCAUCGAGUUUCCAACGGCUUAUGGACAUCGUGCUGGGGGACGCGAAGUUCAACUUUGCCAUGGCACACAUGGAUGAUGUCGUCGUAUUUUCAAAGUCAUUCGAGGAGCACCUAGCGCACCUUGAGAUCAUCUUAAGCAGAAUGAGCAAAGCGGGGUUAACGAUUAAUCCAAAGAAGGUACAGCCUGCGGCCUCAAGGGUCAACCUCUUGGGUUUUAUCGUAGAUGAUGGUACUUUGAGGCCGAACAAGGAUAAGUUGAGGGCCGUUCUUGAUUACCCACCGCCGCGCAACGCGAAGAGCCUUCAAAGGUUCCUUGGAAUGGUCGGUUUUUAUCGGCAGUUCAUUCCAGGGUGCGCUGGACUGACACGUAUACUGAACCUGCUGCUCCACAAAGGCUCGAGAUGGGCCUGGGGCCGAGAACAAGACAUAGCUUUCUCUUCCCUCACGAAGGCGAUAGCAGCCACGGCUAGCCUGUGCCUGCCAGACCUUAACCGUCCGUUCGCGGUACAGGCAGACAUGAGCAACUAUGGCGUCGGUGCGAUGUUAUUGCAAGAGCAUGACUGACAGCUGCGCCCGGUGGCAUUCGCCAGCCGAACCCUUACACCGCCAGAACGCAAUUACAGCGUGACGGAAAAGAAGGAGCUGGCCGUCAUGUUUGCUCUAAAGAAAUUCUACCUGUAUUUAGACGGGGGGUUGGCAACCAGGCGCCAGACGGGAAUUAAACUUAAACCGCGGGCGCCGAAAUUCGGAGCCUCCAUUCCCCAUAGGAAUACACAUACGGAUCUCGCCCCGUCCAUAACUUUUCACUAAGUUGUUGGUGGGGGUUGGGAUUCGUGUGGGAGGGAGUUCCAUAUGAGAUCUCACUCUGUAUAAAAUUUUAUUUAUAGGUUUAGCUUAGUUUGGAAGUUACGAGCAGCGAAAGUUCCGAGGCGGGGGCUCAAGGGACGCCGCCAUCUUCUUUUUUCCACCUCAACGCUCCGAAAAAGCUUUCACUUGGCGCUUUACCAUUUCUUAACCUAACGGGUUGAAAUUUAAAUCGCAUCUUCCCCUCGACGAAUAGAUCAUCCUACGUAAAUUUGAAAUCAAAAUAUGAAAAUUUGAUUAAGAUACAGACGUAUCUCCAAAAUCCAAGAUGGCGCCGCUCAAAGGACGUUAGCAGACGCUAACUUCCGAGGCUAAUAACUUUUGAAGUUUUGUAUCUAGAUUUUUGAAAUUUGCCACACGUUUGCCCGCCAGUGGCGGCUUUCUUACUGGAGAUUCUUGUCCAUGUGCAUGCGCGGGUUGCCCAGUUUUUGGUGGUUGAAGUUUUCGCAUUGAAAUACAUGUGUUAACUCCGGACAUUAAUAACUUUUAGAGAUUUAUUCCUACAGUUUUGCAAUUUUCCACGUCGCUUGGUAUCAUUACCGAGUUCCUUACUGGAGAGUUUGGAGGUUGUGGACAUACAACUGCACAAAUUAUAGACAGACACACUUUUCCCAUUGAAACACAUGUGAAAUGUCGUGGUCGAGAAAUCAUUCUCGCGAUACGGUCAGAGAUCACUCACGAUCUCCCUUAAGGGAUACUGACGAUCGAGCACAAACCAACAUGGACACUCAAAUGAGUUCCAAGAAAAAGAAAAUGAAAGACAAGAAAAAAGAGGCCGAUCAGGAAAAACAAAAACAGAUGCCGGGCGCAGGCUCGUUGAGUUCGUCUCACGAACCAGAAAUCAAGAAGACACGUACAGAAAGUACAGUACCCACCGCUCAACAGACCAAUCUAGCACCGACCUCUGUGGUGGACCUAACACAGUCGGGUGUGGAGGGCUCUCAGGCGUCCUUCAGGGACAGGCUGGGGAGGGCUCAGUUGGAUUACCUGGCCGCGGUGACCCCGUGUGGAACACUGCUAAGCCCGGAACAACUGAGCGCCCUGGCACAAAGUGUGCAAAACUUGACCAAUAUUUCCAUCGAAAUAUUGGAACGAAACGCCUACCUACAGGGAAGGUUGGAUGAACAGGCUCUUCAUCCAAACCAGACGUAUGCAGAAGCGACUAAGGGUUUAACAACAACUAAGCCGAAAGAGACCGAGGAACAAACACAAAUGGACACCGUCACUCAGGAAACACCUAGUGAAAAGGUUGCACUCCUAGUCUUCCCAAAACAUCCCACACGGGGUCAAGAGUUUAGUCAGGUGAUCUCCACCCUGCAGUCGGCAGUCCUUCCUGGGGAGAUAGGACUGACUGCCCCAGAAUUUCGAUCUAUCAAAGGAGGAGCCCUGGUCCUGAGUACUUCCAGGGAAGGGAUUGCUCGGUUGGAGAAGACCAUCAAUUCUCACAUCAAACUGAAGGACAAGCUUCAGGCCAAACAGCCUUUCCGUAGAAAUCCACAGAUUAAGUUGCGAGGGCUGCUAAAAUGUGACGAUCAGGAUCUAAAACAGAAGAUACUGCAACAAAAUGAGGUCGUGGGAACGGCGGAUGAUAUUCAGAUCAUCCGCCGAUUCGAGGGUAAGGAUGGACUCUGCACAGUGAUAAUUGAGGUCACGCCGGCUAUCUUUGGGCAGAUCAAGGCACGGUCGAGGGUCUUUGUAGACUGGAGCUCUAACCCAGUCGAAGAGAAUCUCCACGUGUUGUUCUGCAAAAGGUGCUGCCGCUAUGGUCAUCUGGCAUCCAGAUGUACCAGCACUCCACGGUGUACAGAGUGCGGAGGCGACCACCUUAACAGCGACUGUGAAGGCGAAAAGCAUCACUGUCUCAGCUGUGCAGGGAGCACAAUCCAGAGUAAGAGAAACCAUGCUCACUCCGCUAUGUGGUCGGGUCGCCCGAUCCUCAAGGCACAGAUCGAGAGACUUAAGAGCAAAAUAAACUACAACUAACUCCAACAAGAUGUCAAGUAUUCGUUUUCCUUUAAACAUGGCUGACCCAUUAAAAAUAUUACAAAUAAAUGUAAAUCACUCUUACUCCGCAAUAGAACAUUUAAAAAUCACUAUUGCUCAAAUUCAACCUAAUAUAAUAGCUCUCCAAGAGCCCUAUUACCACAAUGACAAAAUAAUCGGCUUUUCCCUAAACGAAAUAAUAAUUCAACAUUCCGAACAACCUCGUUCAGCCAUGAUAGUGAGGGGAGGGAAUAUUGAUGCUUUCCCAGAGAAAGUGCAACGCGACCUAAUAUCUCUGCGGGUCACAUUUAACAAGGAAUGUUUGAGAGUCGUAAAUGUAUAUAACCCACCGAACGAUGACAUUGAGAUCAUCUUGGAUCAAUUGGAAGAGAUAGUAACUACUUACGAUCCUCUCCCUACGGUUAUUCUGGGUGAUUUUAACGCAAAGCACCAGGCUUGGGGCGGAAAACACUCAGAUGAUAACGGGGACAAAGUGACACAAUUUCUUAUUAACCAUUCUUUGCAUAUUCUUAAUGACAAAGACCAAGGUCCAACAUUUGAAUCGCGCAGAGGAAGCAGUUUCAUUGACCUAACUCUAGUUAACCACAGUUUUUUUAGGGAAGUGAUGGAAUGGAAAAUCCUGGAGAACCAUAGUGAGAGUGACCACAAGUACAUUUUAACUACCUGUUUCCAUUCCUACUCACAACCAAAAAAGAGGUUGACAGUAAAAGGUGAACUUAAACUGCUAGAAACUCUGGCCCAGGACAGGUGGAUCGCCUCAUUGCGGGACAUAGAAAUAUCUUCCGUAACGCAACUAGAAACUAUCAUACAUAGAUUGUAUGAUAAAAUUAACGCUUGGAUACAGAAAUUCUCCAGAAUUGUUCCUUACGAGAAAAAGAGCCUAAAAUGGUGGACCCCAGACUUGGAGGUCGAGCGUAAGAAAGUAGGAGCCCUGAGGAGGAGGUACCAAAAAACAAGCAACAAUACUAGGGGAAUACAAAAAGUUAAAUACAAACAUGCUCUAGUAGAGUAUAAGAAACAUAUAGCAGCGGCUAAGGAGACUUCUUGGCAAAACUUUUGUACAGAGGUCACGCAGGCAAAUAUCUUUAGCUUACCUUAUAAGCUAGCCCUUAAAAAGAUAAAGAAACCUACUCUUAUCCGGCCUAUUACCCAACCUGAUGGAACCCAAACUCAAAGCUUGGAGAGUUCCAUUAAGAACAUUCUGGCAUACCACUUCCCAGACGAUGAUCCCGAGUCAUACUCAAACUAUCAAAAAGAGGUAUUGCAGUCCCUUCAGACGGCAAUGCAUGGGGAAAAUGAUCUAGACUUUACCAUCCCUGAGUUAGAACGGGUGGUCGCCCAGUUGGCCCGGCGAGUUACCCCAGGGACGGACCAACUGACACCACAGAUGGUCAAAACAUUGUGUAACGCUCAUGCACCCAGCAUCCUAAAGCUUUUUAAUGCUUGUCUAAGGUACGGAUUUUUCCCAUCUCAGUGGAGGGAGUCAAGAGUUGUUCUGUUGACCAAACAGGAAAAACCAUCCAACGAGGCGAAAAGUUUCAGACCAAUUUGCAUUUCCUCGCUCUUUGGGAAACUUUUAGAAAAACUUUUGAACAAUCGCAUAUACUAUUUUCUUUACAACAACAACUUACUGCACCCCAACCAGUUUGGGUUUACUCAUGGCAAGUCGGCGACCCUAGCACUUUACCACCUCAAGCGCAACAUAGAAACAAACAGGGAGGAAGGGAGGAAAAACGUAUUGAUUUCAUUAGACAUAUCUAAUGCAUUUAAUUCUAUUUGGCUUCCCUUUUUAUUUCAUUACUUUCAUUCCCAUGAACUCCCACUUAAUUUGUAUAACUUACUUAAGGCAGUAUUCAAUCACAGAUCAGUAACUUAUUCCACAAACACCACCCAUCUUGUCAAACAAGCCACAAUGGGAUGCCCACAGGGCUCCCCCAUCAGCCCACUUAUGUGGAAUGUCUUGAUUUCCAGUCUUCUGGAAAUUUCUUUUCCAGAGGGAGCACAGUUACAAGCAUUUGCAGACGACGUGGUGAUCUUAAUUUCAGGAAAAACUAGACUUCAACUAGAAUUAUUAGCCCGUAAAACAUUGGAAAUGAUUCAAACAUGGAGUAUUAAUCAUAGAGUUAGAUUCAACCCCGAAAAAUCAAAGUUUUUAUUAAUAGGAAAGGACUAUAAAAAACGUCCACCAACCAUAAAACUAGGUUCAGUUUCAAUACCUAGUGUGCCUGAACUAAAAAUACUAGGAGUGGUAUUUGAUGGUAACCUCACCUUUCUACCACACUUACAAUAUGUUCAGAAAAAGGUAGCUCAAUCUACUCUAGCAUUGAGUGCCUAUUCUGGACUUCACUGGGGAUACAAUCCUCACCAAUUUAGACAACUCUAUUUAAGGUCAAUAGAAAAAAUUAUAACUUAUGGUUGCCCGAUUUACUAUAAAUUCGAAAAGAAUUCACAUCAGUUACGCAAACUUAAAACAGUACAGCGUAUACCACUUUUAAAAAUCACAAAGGCAUUCAGGACUGUUCCUAACGACAGUCUAAAUAUCCUAGCACGAGUUCUACCGAUACAUCUAACGAUAGAAAAAGAGUUUCACAUGUUUAAACUCUUUCAACUUAAGAAUGAUGACACAAUUGAAGGGGAAAGAGUGGAAGUCACCGAUCUAGACUACCCAAUCGACUUGAGAGCACUUCAUCCAUCUGCCUGUCUCGCUUAUCCUUAUAAACCAAUGCCACUCAUGGAAAGACAGGUGGAUUAUGAAGUGUAUACAGAUGGCUCAGUCCAGAAGGAAGCUGUUGGAGCAGCAUUCGUGGUGAUGAAACCAACGAUGGAAGUCUUACAAGUAGGUAAGUAUAGACUACCUCCACAUGCGACCAUUUAUGAUGCGGAAUUAGAAGCAAUUCAAAAAGCUUUAGAUUUCCUUCAAACAUUAAAAGAACCCUCUAAGAUCAUCUUAAUAACAGAUAGUCUAUCCUCACUCCAGGCGAUAGCUAACCCAAAUAACACAAACCGUCAGGUUUAUAACAUAAAGCUAACCAUAAAAGAAUUACUUACUAAACAAUCUCUCAUUCUUCAACAUGUUAAAAGCCAUAACAACAAUAUCGGGAAUGAUUAUGCAGAUAAACUGGCUAAACAAGCUCGAACAGAGGGGCAGCUUGCUGAUAGACCAAGGUCAAAGAAAAAUGUUAAACAGUACAUAGUUAGUCUUCUUUACGAGAAAUGGAACACAACAUGGAUGACCAUGGGAAAGGAUAGUUCACUUUUCCAAUGGAUUCCUACACCUAAGAAUAUCCCAGAUUACUUUCCUUCGGAUUUUUUGCUUACGCAGCUUCUUACUAACCAUGGUAGGUUUCCUUUUUAUUUCUUUAAGUUCAAUAAACAACCACACUCGGACUGCCCUUGUGGAGAAAUGGCACUGGAUUUUAACCACUAUGUUUUGAACUGUCCACUAACUCUGUCGGAGAGAAAUCAGAUAAGCGCCCUUCAAGUAAACGAUCUUUCCACAGAAACCAAACGUAAAAUAAUCAAUAACGAAUCAAUAAUAAGAAUUCUUACUACUAUGGUGGCUAAGAUAUCUUCCCACAUUGAACAGCUAUAAAAAAAAAAAAAAUAUAUAAAAAAUGUGUCGGGGAGUAGGGCCCCCAUGGCCACUACACACAACAGUCCUAAAGGGAUUUAUAGUAAACUGAUUUUUCCUAAGGAGAAGGAAAACAGCAAAAAAAAAAAAAAAAAAGAAAGGCAAAUGAAAGGACAAACUAAGCUGGAACCGAGAAAAAAAAAAAAAAACCAAAGCAAAUUGAAAAAAAAAAAGCAACAACAACUUCGGUUCUAUGAAAACAUCCUUCAUCAGUGCAAAAAAAAAAAAAAAAAAAAAAAACCCACCAAGCCUCGCCGAGGCCAAACAGCUGGACAACCAAAGUCCAAAACUGGACAUACUUGGACAACCAAAGUCCACACCACAUCAAAAAAAAAAAAAAAAAAAAAGUCAAAGAGAACUUUACAGUACAACUCCAAACAAAGGCAGAUGAAUCGCAGCCAGAAGUCCGGCCUAAAACGUCUGUUAGGGGUGGAGAGGGCCAGGGCCCACUCUUAACCCAAAAAAAAAAAAAAAACAAGAAGGAAAGCACAUACGUGUGUGGACAUGAGUUCAGAGGACGGGGAGAGACAUUGAGUCGACUCCUGCGAGCUAGGCUCAGCCCUGGGAUGGGUCGGCUCCCCCCGACCAUCUAGGUUGGGGUGCCUCAUUGAACUGGAAAGGAAAAAAAGAAAACGCAAUGGCCGUAGACUAUACUGCCGGAGGAAAACAUGAAAACGUCAACAAGUCUCAUGGUGGAUGUCUCAAUGCACUGUGGAAUUGAACAAUUCCAAGAGGAAAGAAAAAUUCCUCUUCAGGUAUAAGCUCAGAAAAAAAAAAAAAGAUUUUCAACUACGGUUGACUUUCCACUCCUGAAGAAAAAAAAAAAAAAAGGACAAAUAAAAUGCUGUACCUUGCUGUAAAAUAAGAACAAACUGUAUGAAGACAAUAUACAGUACUGGCCGUGGGGACCUUUGCGCCUCUCGACAUUUUAAUUACAAACAAAACAAAAACCUUAAGAUAGCUAUACCAAAUCUAAAAUAGCCAGUAAUCUUAGGAGAAUCCAUUGGAAAAUUAACUGGUAAAGAUAAUUUCUAAAGAAAUCACCAGGUACUUAACACUCCCUACCAAAAAAAGAAAAAAAAAAAAAACUGUAUUGAAUGCUUAUUAACCCCAACUUAUAGCGAUUGGAUGCGGUGGGGGGGGGGAGAUAAUGCAUUUCUAUUCUAUUCAGAGCAACAAACCAUACAGCACUGAACCCUUGCAACACAUCACCAAAUCGACUCGGCCUGGACCUUCUGUUCCGCGGAGCGCCAUCUGGUUGGGAGCCUUGGGACUUGCUCCCUGAGGAUCCCCCUGGUGGCUUGGGGAGGGACGAUCUUGAGGCUGGCCUUUCCUGCAUCUCGAACUGCUGCGGGGCGCCUGCGCGGGCGGGGGCCUGAAUCAAGCCAUGCAAGCAAAGAGAGAAAUCUCACAUCACCUCUCAACUCACAGAAGAGGCAUGCAAACUGCAAUGAGAACCUGGCUGACACGUGAGGGGAGGGGUCUACGGUUGGGGGCCUUGGCCUAUUGACCAAGGCUCCCCCUGGCGCGGCAUCUUGCUGGGGCCGUCGGCCCCAGUAUGGGGAUAGCCGCCCACGAGCGAGCUCUGUGAGACGUGCCUGCCCCGGGACUGACAACCCCCGGGCGGAUUUUCCUUGCAUCUCGGACCGUCGACGCCCCUCACCUAGUUGAGAGCCGCCUAUGGAACCUGCCAUAAACAGAAUACAGAAGAAGGAAUAGAAUCUUCCAUUGACUCACAUCUCAUGGACAAAGGCAUCAAACUUCAAGUGACUCUUGACUGACUCCCGGAGGGGUCCCACGGUUGGGGGUCUCAGUCCACCAACUGAGACCCCCCCUGGCGCGGCGUCCCGCUGGGGCCGUCGACCCUAGCAAUGGGAGCGCCGCCCACAAGCGAGCUCUGUGAGACGUGCCUGCCCCGGGACUGGCAGUCCCCGGGCGGAUUUUCCUUGCAUCUCGGACCGUGGCUGCCCCUCUUGUGGUUGGAGGGAAUCAAUGAAACUGACAACAACCGUGUAAGGACACCUGCAUAAAGAAGACAAGAAGUGCUGAAAUACUGUGAAGUGAAAAACUGUGAAUUGAAAAAUUGUGAAAUGAAGACAAGAAGUGCUAAAAUACUGUGAAGUGAAAAACUGUGAAUUGAAAAAUUGUGAAUUGAAGACAACUAUUUCUAUUACUUUUCAUACUUUAUAUUUAAACUUUCCACCAAUUUUUUAAUUCUAUAGAAGACCCUAUAGAUAGAUAUUUUUAUAAAUAAAUGCCCGCUGAUUAGGCCUGCU